AUGAACUCGGCGCCGGACGCCAUUGUCCACUACGUCCUCUCCCGGAUGAGCAAUGCCAGGGACCUGGCGAGCUGCACCUGCGUGUCGCGGCGGUGGAAGGAGACCGUCCCAUACGUGCCGGCACUGUACUUCCCCCGCAACGCGUUCGAGGGAAUGCCGCUCUCGCACGCCGACGCCGUCAUCGGCCGCAUGAUCUCUCAAUCCCUCCGCCUCGAGGAUCUCGUCAUCUACUGCCCCUUCUCCGCCGCCGUCCUCUCCUCCUGGAUCUCUCUCAAGGCCCCCUCCCUCCGCCGCCUGGAGCUCCGCGUAGACAGCCUCGUCGAAAAGGGCGGUGGUAGCGCCGUCGCCUCCUCCGGCCGGCUCGACUGCAUCUCCUCCGCCCGGGGAUUGGAGUCCCUCAAGCUCUGGGGGGUCUGUCUCACCGCCUCCCCCAACUGGAGCCCCUUCCUGAAUCUGCGGACCAUGGAGAUCGUCGGCGCCGCCUUCCGCGACCUCGCCCUGUCGGAGACCAUCCAGGCCUGUCCGAAUCUGACCCACCUCGCUCUGCUUGGCUGUGACGGCGUGGGUUCCCUCUCCAUUGACCUGCAGCUGCUUGAGAAGUGCCGGCUCGACUUCCUCGGCCCCCGCAGCAGGACUCUCUCUGUCAGCUCCCCCAAGCUUCAUGCUCUGGAGAUCCAGGGUUUCAGCUGGGUCCUCCUCAAGCACACCCACUUCCUCCAGAGCCUCUCCAUCUCCAAGACCGCAGGUUUUUUUUUUUUUCUUCUUUUUCUUUUCUUUGGCUACUGUACGGAGGUUGAAGACGACCCAUGAAUGUUCGUUCUCUACGGUUCCAGGUAAGGUGGAGAUGGUGGAGAUGGAGAAGCUGCCGGUCCUCCAGUUCCUGUCGCUCAGAGGGGUCCAGUGGAGCUGGAACGCGGUAAGCUCCGUCCUGCACUGUGCCUCCGAGGUGAGGCACCUGGUUAUGAAGAUCGAAUUCAGCGGAGACUUCGAUCGGCUCCAGCCCUUCCCUCCCGUUGACCUCGUCCAGUUCUUCAACGCCCACCAGAAGCUCCGGGUCUUCGAGAUCCACGGCGCCAUGUUCGCCGCUCUCUGCCAGAAGGACAGCCUACAGAGUGUGUGUACUUGAUCUCUCUCUCUCUCUCCCUAGCUCGCUUGCUUCUUCUUCUCCCUCAAGUUCCCCGUCGGUUGACCAGCCGCCUCUCCGUCCUUUUGCAGCUGGACUCCAGAUUUGGCAUCCCAUGGCUGGAGGAAGUAGUGAUCACCGUGAGGUCUCCUCUGAACGCAGAGCAGAAGCUGAGCACCCUAGAGUCGCUGGUCAAGCAUAGCCCCCGGCUGAGGAGGAUGAUCAUCAGAAUCUCCCAGAUGAAGAACUGCAACGAGAUGGCGGAUGAUUUCUUCGAGGACAUAUGCAGGUUCAGAGGCAUGAAUAGCAAGAAAGUCUACAUCGAAUGA